GACAUUUAAAGUAAAGUGACUGAGGCUUUAAAGCAGUUCCAGGGUGGGACACAAGGAGACCUCAAGGUCCUCUGAAGAAGCCUCUUCUCCUUCCAAGAUGAGCAGAUCUAAGGAGCCCGGAGUGCCAUGGGGGCCGUCGCCCUCCUCUCCCUGCAGUCACAUGAGGAGGAGCCGGCGCCACGAGCAGAGGAUUCCCGGGAGAAGACGCGGGGUUUCCUCCAGAGCCGGGGGCCGCGGAGCUCCGAGGACGCACCAUCCAGUAAUCCAGAAUGUGGGGAGUAGUCGCCUGCUGGGUCACCGGCUGCCUGCUCAUCCUGGAGGCCUCGGCCGCCGAUCUCCUCCACCGCUCCGGAAGGCGGAUUUGUUCUUCCGGCGGUCAGACUGGAUUCGUGUCCGUGACGCAGUCGUUCGUUCAGCCGGUUUACAAGCCGCUGAUCACCAUGUGUGAGGGGCACCGAGCCUGCAGCACUUACAGAACGACGUACAAGAUUUCGUACAGACAAGUAUCUAAGAAAACGUCGCUGCCGCUGUACACGUGCUGCCCGGGCUGGAGGAGGACGGACGCUCACAGCUGUAACAAAGGGACUUGCCGGCUUCCAUGUCAGAAUGAAGGAACUUGUGUCGGCCACAACAGGUGUCAGUGCGCCGAGGGCUGGAGUGGAAACCACUGCCAGACAGAUGUGAACGAGUGUGAGAGCGGUCGGCACCGCUGCUCUCAAAGCUGCAUCAACACCUCAGGAAGUUUCCGCUGCGGCUGCCAUAGAGGAUUCAGCCUUUCUGAUGAUGGGAAGUCGUGUCGUAAAGUGGAAGAACCUGCGACUGCUCCGCCAGCACCCGGGAACGGCACAGGUCAGUGUAAUGCCACAGGAGACGCGGAAACCGUGUGGCGAGAAAUGCAAGAACUCAGGAGCAAAAUCGAGGUUCUAGAGCAGAAACUGCAGUUGGUUUUGGCUCCAUUUCAUGGCCUGUCGACUGUGUCCCCUGAAGAUAGCCCGGGCCCCAUCACCUUCCUAACGCAUUCCUUCCAGCAACUCGACAGGAUAGACUCGCUCAGCGAGCAGAUCUCAUUCCUGGAAGAGCGGCUGGAGACAUGUUCCUGUAAGAAUGACCUCUGACCUCCACAAGUAAUGGGACACAUCACGGCUGUGGAUGAGCAGCUUGGAAAUGUCUGUCGGCUCUGGGUAUCUCACAGCGUUACUGCAAACAGUUCUGCAGGAAGGACAUACCGGACUAUACUGCGCAUCGCGCCAUGCUGCCGUCUGAUUAUAACGGCUUGUGUGCGCUGGUCGCCGCUCAUGACACGUUAUAUGAACAUAUAAUGCACCAAUAUAAGGGUGAUGCACAGGAGGGUAGCGGUAUUACAGGCUGUGUCCGUUUUCGACGACAGGAGAGAGAAGACACAUCACAGCCGCAUAAAUGAAGGAGAGAAGAAAAACGGCCGUAAUUCCCGUUCAGGACGCAGCAGAUGACGGUUGUCGCGAUCACUAGUCGAGUCUUUUCACUCUUUUAUCACUAUUGUUUCACGGUACCGGACUCAGAUUUGUAGAAAUAACUUGUAUUUUAUGACCGAUUUGUUUGAAUAUUUUGCUGCACAAUAAAAUAUAAUCUGCACCAA